AAGGGCGGCCGGGGCGGUGCGGCAGGCGCGCUGGGACGACGGGAGGCGGAGGAGGAAGCUGAGCCGAGUUCGGGGACGAAGGUCUUGGUUUCUUGCCUUUUUUUUCUUGCCGCCCACCCUCCUUUCCCAGCCGUCGCCGCCAUGGUGAAGAUCGUGGGUAGCCUGGUUGAAUUUGAGGAAGAGCUGAAAUCUGCUGGUGAGAAGCUUAUAGUAGUUGACUUCUCUGCCACAUGGUGUGGACCAUGCAAAAUGAUCAAGCCCUUUUUCCACAGUUUGUGUGAGAAGUAUGGGGAUGUGGUAUUCAUAGAAAUCGAUGUGGAUGAUGCCCAGGAUGUUGCUUCACACUGUGAUGUGAAGUGUAUGCCAACGUUCCAGUUUUAUAAGAAUGGAAAGAAGGUGCAGGAGUUCUCUGGGGCCAAUAAAGAGAAGCUGGAAGAGACCAUUAAAAGUCUAGUCUAAUCAUCAGCCAUGAAGACCUUGAAUCAUGACUGUUUUGGUUAAGAUCCAUUUUUUUACUUAAAAGAAACCUAAACAAGUUAGAUUCAGUGGCGCAAACUAUCUUCUUAUAUCAUGUCCGUAUAUGAGUACAAUAAAGUAUAAACUCUUCACUUUU